UCCAAAUUCACGCAACGCGAAGAGUUCACGUAAUUUAUUUAUUUAUUUCGUUUUGUGGCGUCAGUUUUAUUAACCCAAUUAGAUUUCCUUUGUAAGGAUUAUUAUAAUCGCACAUACAUUUUGCAAUCAUUAAAAUUAUUUACAAAAAUGACGGCAGUGGCUUUUAAGGUCAAAAGCAAAAAUGGACAGCAGAUAUUAAAAGAUUUGACCUCUGAUAGUACUGUGGGUGAACUCAAACUGUUUUUGUCUAGUAUAGCGGACGUUGGAUGCGAAAGGAUUUGCGUGCUUAUAGGAUAUCCACCAAAGCCAUUGGAUAUAAGUGACGAUGAGAAGAAAAUAUGUGAAAUAGGUUUAAAAACAGGAGAGACUUUGAUUGUGGAAGAGAAAGUUGGGGCAGUUACGAAACCAGAGACUAGCCAGCCCACCAAGCCUGUGGAAAAUGGUGUGGCGUCUCAUGAAACGAUAGGACCUUGCAGACCUGGAAUUCUCAUGAAAAAAGUGGUCCCAUCAGACAAUUCUUGUCUUUUCACAAGUAUAGGUUUUGUACUUAAUGGCAAUGUAGACACUAGUGUGCACACGCUCAUGCGUCAAAUCAUAGCGAUGGAAGUAGCGAGUGAUGUAGACACAUACAAUGAGGCUAUGCUCGGACGGCCAAACGCAGAGUACUGCCUGUGGAUACAGCAACCUAGUUCGUGGGGAGGUGCUAUAGAGGUGGCUAUUUUAUCCCGUUUUUAUGGAUUAGAGAUGGCAGUAGUGGACACUUUGAAUGCAAUUAUAAAUAGAUUCGGCGAAGACAAGAAUUACGGACAAAGGGUUUUUCUUCUAUUCGAUGGAGUUCACUAUGAUCCACUGUAUUUAGAACAGUCUGAUGGUGGUAUUCAAACUAUGUUCCCAGCUGAAGACAUGGACAUAUACAGAGAAGCCGAACAGUUAGCCCACGAGGCCAAGUCCUCUAGACAGUUCACUGACCUCAAUAAAUUUACUCUAAAGUGUAUGGUGUGUGAUAAGUUCCUAACCGGCCAAGUAGAGGCUCAAAAACACGCGAAAGAAACCAAGCAUACGAAUUUUGGUGAAGUUUAGCAUUAGUUGUAGUUGGAACAGGCGUUUUCGUUGAACGAGAAGAUGGAUUAUGCCCGUAUAGUAUACAGGCUCAAUUGUGGACUGUCAGCCGUGGGCCUGUUCAUGUUUCAAUUAGUUUUUAAAUUUAGAUAAUUUCAUUACGUUUCAAUUUGUAGUUGCACUAUCUAAAUAUUUUUUAUCUCUGCACCACCUUAAGGUCUCUGUUAGUUAAUUAGGUCAAUUUUUUACAUUUUACACAAUAUGGCAAGAUUAUCCUCAAGUUAAUUAAAAUGGGGUUGUCUGUUUUCGUGAUGCAUUAAUAAAAUUGUAUCCUAAUAAAUAUUGUUAAUUACAGAAAAUAAAUACUCGCACAAAACUCAAGGGUACAUAAUUUGGUGUGAUUCAAUUAAAACCUCUAAAUUUUGUCCAUGUUUAUAUGCUAUAUACAAUUUAUUGAACCAAGUAAAUUCAUAAAUGAUUUUAAACUUUCGCGUUACAUUAUACUAUUUAUAAAUAAUAUAGGUAUUAAACGCGCACGUAAUGUACCUUUAUUUUAUCUCGGUCGUUUCGAAUCAUAUUACAAUGAUUCGUGGUCACCUACUCUCUAUCUUUGCCAUCACAGAGAAUGUAAUAGCAAGCAAGUAAAUAUUUUUUUUUACAGCAAUAACAAAAGAGAAAUGGUUCAUAAACAAAGACGGAUCUGUCGCUAAAGCAAUCGCUUCCAGAAUAGACAAUAAAAGAAUUGUAAAUUUGAUAUUAUGUAUCUUUGCUGUGAAAUUA